AUGAAGUGCCUUUUCCAGCUCAUCCCUCUCGUCACCGCAGUCUCUGCUGUCAAUGUCCUCCUGUUCGCUGGCAGCAACCGCUGUGGUGAUGCCAGUUAUUUUAUCUGCACAAACAUCAGCCGUUUUCAGUGUUGCAACAGCAUGCUGCCCGUCAUCUUCCAGUCUGUUGCGAUCCAGGCUGCGCCCGAGGGCGUCAACGCCACGCUGUACGGAUCCGAAGAUACGCAAUGUUCUUUCAAGACCCCGGCACGCCCCGGCCAGACUUGUCUUCCAGGGCGUUGGAAUAGUGCUAGCUGGUCUCCCACCACCGCGGUGGCCGAGGCGAGAUCCCAGGAGGCGGAAUGCCAGGAGCCUGACCAUUUUGUUCAUGAGAAUGGGACCAUCUAUGAUCUGGCCGAAGUGAAGAUGGAGGACGUUCUCAGAAUGAUACCACAGUAG